UUGCGGUAGGCAGCCAAUAGCGUCUCACCGUCCUCCUCCUUACCCGGCUUUGGAUUAAAGAUGGCGGAUCAGAGUGAGACAGCAGCGGGCGAUCGCCUGGAGGAAGACGAGAAUGGCCACGGACAUUGCAGCGACUGCGAGAACGAAGAGAAGCACAGCUCUAACAUGGGCGCCGGGGAUGAGAGCGGCGUUAAGAAAAAGAAGAAACAAAAACGCAAGAAAGACAAAGGAGGAGACAAGCUGGAGACGGCUGACGCACCGGUGAACACGCUGCCUGCUGAGAGGAUUCAGGAAAUUCAGAAGGCCAUUGAGUUGUUCUCUGUAGGACAAGGUCCAGCUAAGACGAUGGAGGAGGCCAGCAAGAGAAGCUACCAGUUUUGGGACACUCAACCUGUUCCCAAACUAGGGGAAGUGGUGAAUUCACAUGGACCCAUUGAGCCGGACAAGGACAAUAUCCGCCAGGAGCCGUACACCUUGCCACAGGGCUUCACCUGGGAUGCUUUGGAUCUGGGUGACCGGGCGGUGCUGAAAGAGCUCUACACCCUGCUCAAUGAGAACUAUGUGGAGGAUGAUGACAACAUGUUCCGCUUUGACUACUCCCCUGAGUUCUUGCUCUGGGCCCUGAGGCCUCCAGGUUGGCUGCCCCAGUGGCACUGCGGCGUGAGAGUUAUCACCAGCAAGAAACUAGUUGGGUUUAUUAGUGCCAUCCCAGCAACCAUGAAGAUCUAUGACCUAACCAAGAAAAUGGUAGAAAUCAACUUCCUAUGUGUCCACAAGAAGCUACGCUCUAAGAGAGUGGCGCCUGUCCUGAUCCGAGAGAUAACCCGCCGCGUUCACAUGGAGGGGAUUUUUCAGGCAGUCUACACGGCUGGCGUGGUGUUGCCGAAACCUGUUGGCACCUGCAGGUACUGGCACAGAUCGCUAAACCCACGCAAGCUGAUUGAAGUAAAGUUUUCUCAUUUGAGCCGCAACAUGACCAUGCAGAGGACCAUGAAGCUCUACCGACUGCCUGAGGCCCCCAAAACAUCCGGUUUGCAGCCGAUGGAGGUUCGCCAUAUCCCUGCUGUUCACAAGCUUCUGGCUCAGUACCUGUCCCAGUUUCACUUGGCUCCCGUAAUGAACGAGGAGGAAGUUAAGCACUGGCUGCUUCCACAGGAAAACAUCAUAGACACCUAUGUCGUGGAGAGCCCGGAAGGCGAGGUGACCGACUUCCUGAGCUUCUACACGUUGCCUUCCACCAUCAUGAAUCAUCCUACUCACAAGAGCCUCAAGGCGGCAUACUCCUUCUACAAUGUCCACACCAAGACGCCUCUGGUUGACCUCAUGAAUGAUGGCCUUAUACUGGCCAAGUCUAAAGGUUUUGAUGUUUUUAAUGCUCUAGACCUAAUGGAGAACAAAACUUUCCUGGAGAAGUUGAAAUUUGGGAUCGGAGAUGGAAAUUUGCAGUAUUACCUGUAUAAUUGGAAAUGUCCCAGCAUGGGGCCAGAAAAGGUGGGCUUGGUUCUGCAGUAAAGCACCUGGAGGGGUCAGGGGGUGAUACAGGACAUUGUCUGCUCCCCAUGCCAGAGAUCAGACACUGGAGAAAGCAGCCCUAAGGAGCAGAGAAGGCUUUUAUGGGCUUAGCCCCGGAAUGCAUUGUACUGAUGUGCAUUUGGGGUACAAAGGCGCAAAGCGGGGACAAUUUGUAGCCUGGCUUGAAUUAAGGAUUUUCAGGGGUGUUCUCUCUUUCUCUUACCCCCGCUGUGAAUAUACCAAUGCGCCCGCUCUUCCUUCCCUGCUGCCAUCUGAAACGAAAGAGUUGUGGCUGAAUAUUAAAGUAUAUAUUAUAUAUAUGUA